AGAUAUUAGUCGGAAUAAGUAAACAAAUAACGCCGGUAUUCUCAGAGGGCGCGAUCGGGAUGCCGGGGAGGCAGGUGAACCACCACGACGCCGCGCUGAUGGUACCGACGCACCAUCCGGCGGAGUCGGAAUCGGAGUUGGAGGAGUCAUGGCUGUGGGCGAAGAUUAAGGCGGAGGCGCACCGCGACGCGGAAUCGGAGCCGGCCCUAGCGAGCUUCCUGUACGCCACCGUCCUCUCCCACCCCUCCCUCGCCCGGUCCCUCGCCUUCCAUCUCGCCAAUAAGCUCUGCUCCUCCACUCUUCUCUCCAACCUGCUCUACGAUCUCUUCCUCCACUCCUUAUCCUCCUCCCCCUCCCUUAUCUCCGCCGUCGUCGCCGACCUUCUCGCCGCCCACCAACGUGACCCCGCCUGCGCCUCCUACUCCCACUGCCUCCUCAACUACAAGGGCUUCCUCGCCGUCCAGGCCCACCGCGUCUCCCACCUCCUCUGGACCCAGAGCCGCCGCCCUCUCGCCCUUGCACUACAGUCCCGGAUCGCCGACGUCUUCGCAGUCGACAUCCACCCCGCCGCCCGGAUCGGUAAAGGCAUCCUCCUGGACCACGCCACUGGCGUCGUGGUCGGCGAGACCGCCGUCAUCGGCAACAACGUCUCCAUCCUCCACCACGUCACGCUCGGCGGCACCGGCAAGGUCGUCGGGGACCGGCACCCCAAGAUCGGCGACGGCGUUCUUAUCGGCGCUGGCGCCACAAUACUCGGGAACAUCCGCAUCGGCGAGGGGGCCAAAAUCGGGGCCGGAUCCGUGGUUCUCAUCGAUGUGCCGCCGAGGACCACCGCCGUGGGAAACCCUGCACGGCUCGUCGGCGGGAAGGGCAAGCCCUCAAGGCACGAAGACCUACCCAGUGAAUCAAUGGAUCACACUUCUUUCAUCCAGGAGUGGUCGGACUACAUUAUCUGAUCUCCAUGGUUCUGCUCCUUUUCUCUCCCAGUCGUUUGUUAUGCUACUUAGCCAUAGUGGCAAUAAGAAUGGUGCUGUACAUGUUUAUUGUUGGUGAAGAUACGCAUUUGCUAAGAAAUGGUUAUGAUCGAGAAAGUUACUGUUAAGCACAAUUUAAACGGCUUUCCGGCGAUCUUGACGAUCAAACUGUUAAGGGCAUCACAGUGGAGUUUUAUGCGUCCCGGUUACCAAUUUCCUGUGCCGAAAUUCUCUGUUUUCUACGUAAUGCAAGCAUACAAUUUCCUAUGCGUUGAAAGGAACAGCCCUUUUAAACCCUAUCACUCUCUCGAUCUCACUCACUAUCUCCCUUCCGUCGCUAUGCUUGCCUUCAGAUCUCUCCGCGCCGUCGAUCGCCUCCACCUCGUCUCCUCCCACGGCAAGCUCUCCGUGCACCACCGGUUUCCCAGAGGUUUUCCUCGCUUUUCCUUCUUCUCUGUAUCUGCCGUCGUAGUUACUACUUGUGCUUCCCUCUUUCUGGAUCUCAGAUUUUUCGAUGGAGAAGAGACCGGGAGAGUCCAACUUGAUUCACCCGACUGCCAUCAUCCACGGCGAUGUGGUUCUUGGGCAGAGUGGUGCUGUUGUUGGAGCAGAUCUAUCUGAUCUUGUAUAUUGAAUGCACAUUUUGACUGGUAUACUUCUUGUUAAUCAUAUCCUAGUCGAGGAUAAAUCUGUGUAUUCAGUUCGUCAAAUCGCAGAAAUCAUAAAUGUGAUCUUCAAACAAGACUUCUAAUGAACAUUCAUAAUAGCUAGGGGCUGAAUGUUUCCUGUAUGUCGUUUUCCACUCAUCGAUCUUCAAAAUCCUGUGACAAAACUGUUAUUGGUGAUAACAACCUGAUCAUGGGCCGUUGUCAUAUUGCUACAACGGCUGCAACAUUGGUGACCAGAACAUUUUUUUAAUAACACUCUACUUGCUGGACACGUGGUUGUAGAAGAUUAUUGCAGUCCAUCAAUUUUGUCGGAUUGGUUCACACUUUAUACAUUGAUUCAAUCAAUCCGCAAAUCGUUUCAACUGAAUCGGCUUGGAAUAUGCAAGUUCAGAAAUCCAAGUGCCUCGUGAAGGACCCUUGUUUGCUUUUAGCUAGCACCAGUUAUCCCAUCUUGUGAACCGAUUAAUCCUAGGGAUGAUAUGUAAUUUGUAUUAAUAAUCUAUCUCAGAUUUUGAUGAAUAACAAAUGAAUUAAAAUUAGAAUA